CAGAGCAGCAGUGUUGCCGGCAGCAGUGGGUUGCGCAGUCCCCGCGCCCGCUGUGCGCCCAGGCCCAACCCAACAGAUGGAGCCCCGGUCACAGCGGCGGCGGCGGAGCCGCCAGCUGGUGGCCGCCUUCCUGCGCGACCCGGGCUCGGGGCGCGUGUACCGGCGCGGGAAACUGAUUGGCAAGGGCGCCUUCAGCCGCUGCUACAAGCUCACGGACAUGUCCACCAGCGCGGUGUUCGCCCUCAAGGUGGUGCCAAGGGGCGGGGCGGGGCGGCUGCGCCUGCGCGGGAAGGUGGAGCGUGAGAUCGCCCUGCACAGCCGUCUGCGCCAUCGCAACAUCGUGGCCUUCCACGCACACUUUGCAGACCGCGACCACGUAUACAUGGUGUUGGAGUACUGCAGCCGCCAGUCCCUGGCUCACGUGCUGAAAGCGCGGAGGACCCUGACUGAGCCUGAGGUGCGCUAUUACCUUCUGGGACUGGUCAGCGGCCUGCGCUACCUGCACCAGCAUCGCAUCGUGCACAGGGACCUGAAGCCCAGUAACUUCUUCCUUAACAAGAACAUGGAGGUGAAGAUCGGAGACCUGGGGCUGGCUGCCCGGGUGGGGCCCACCGGUCACUGCCACAGGGUGCUCUGCGGAACCCCAAACUUCCAGGCUCCUGAGGUGGUGUCCCGCAAUGGGCACUCCUGCAAGUCUGAUAUCUGGGCUCUGGGCUGCGUCAUGUACACGGUGCUGAUGGGCACACCCCCCUUCGCUGCGGCGCCCCUGUCGGAGAUGUACCGACGAAUUCGGGAAGGCCACUAUCUGGAGCCCGCUCACUUGUCUCCCAGCGCCCGCAGCCUCAUCGCGCGGCUCCUGGCCCCCGACCCUGCUGAGCGGCCCAGCCUGGACCACUUACUCCAGGAUGAUUUCUUUACUCAGGGCUUCACUCCAGAGCGGCUGCCUCCACAUUCCUGCCACAGCCCGCCCGGCUUUGCCUUCCCACCACCGCUGGGCAGAUUGUUCCGCAAAGUGGGCCAGCUCCUGCUGACCCAGUGCCGGCCACCUUGUCCCUUUACCUCAAAAGAGCCUUCAGGUCCUGCAGAAGAAGGGACGGAACCUGACCACGUGGAGUCCAGCAAUGAGACAAGACUGCUUCAGUUCCAGUCCCAGCUGUCCCUCACCCUCACGUUUGGAGACCACGGGACCCUGCUCACAUCAGUUUCACUACAUUUGUUGAGUGCUUGCUCCAUGACUGUGCAGCAGGACAGGGCUCCUGUCUGUGCUGAGAGUCCAGUACUCCUCACACUCGGGACGCUGCAGACCAGCCUAGCAGACCCAAAGGGGAGCUUGGCUCUUCAGGUGGAGGCUGCGACCAGGAAAAUGCACCUAUGCUUGGAUGCAGGACCUGUGGCUGCACAGGAACCCCCGGGGGAGCAGCGGCCCGUCCUCUGGGCUCCCAAGUGGGUGGAUUAUUCCCUCAAGUACGGCUUUGGCUACCAACUGUCUGACGGGGGCAGUGGCGUGCUGUUUCGGGAUGGCUCCCACAUGGCCCUGCGCCCCCAAGGAGGCCAUGUCUCCUACCAACCUGACCAAGGGACUCUGUGGACCUUCACCCUGAGGGACGUCCCCAGCCCGCUGCGUGCCAAGCUGGCUGUCCUGAGGCUCUUUGCCUGCUAUAUGCAGAGGCGUCUGAGGGAGGAGGGGACUGUGUCCAUGGCUGUGGCACCCGCUUCUCCUGACUUCUCUCUGCUGAAUUUCAUUGCCGAUUCCCAGGCACUGGUUAUGUUGUUUAGCAAUGGGACCGUGCAGGUCAGCCUCAGGACAUCCCAAACCCAGCUGGUGCUGAGUGGGGAAGGCGAAGACUUUCUGCUCACCCUCUGGGCGCCGGGGAGGCCCGGUAAGGGCAGCUCCUACUCUUUGGACGUCCUACGGAGUCAUGGCUGCACUCCCGCCAUGCACCAGCACCUGCGCCACGCACUGCGCCUGCUCCACGGUGUCUAAUGAGUCAGAAGGUCUGACUGAACCUCUGCAUGUUGGUGCUGGGCUCUGUCUGCUUCUGUCGGCUUCCGCUGUACAGUUGGCGUCCAUGGAGGGCGGACACAUUGGGGUCUUUAUGGUACGACGAUUUAAGAUAGAAUCUUGUUGGGCCCUGUUGGAUUUUCAUUAAAAAAUAAA